AUGGCCAAUGAUUUCCGACGUUUGUCUAAACAAGAGCGUAUUUUGUGGAGUUUGCUGGAGAGUAUGGACGAUUUUCUUCAUGAAUACCUCGAUGACCGGGAUCACGGAGAACUUCAACCACGGCUGGCUAAAUUGGACGAGGCUUACAUCAAAUUCUCUGAUGUGCGCAUUCAAAUCGAAGUCAUCUUGGAGGACCUCGACGAAGGAAACGACGACGAUGAAGACAGCCAGACUCGCGUGGAACAAAAAGAAACUAGAAUGAAAGAAAAUAAGGAUACAUUCAAAGAAUUCGUGAACCGCUACUUUUCCAUAAAACAACAGCUGCUUUCGAAAAUGGAUUCGAUCCCAACUCAACCUGUUCGCCAAAGUUCAUCUAAUCCCGAUCCACUAUUGCCGUGCCACACAAAGUAUCCUGAGCUGACGUUGCCAACCUUCAAUGGGAAACUUUCAGACUGGAUAAACUUUCGUGAUAAUUUUCGGUCCUUGAUUCACGACAACCAACAGCUUAAUGACAUGGAUAAGUUUAAUUAUCUCCGUGCUUCGUUGACAAACGAUGCGCUCCUCCAGAUUAACCAGAUCCAAGUAGCAGCUAUGAAUUAUGGUCUUGCUUGGAGUACAUUGCAGUCUAAGUACGAGAAACACAAACUAAUAGCUCAAGAGCAUAUGAAGGAACUUUUCGCCGCAGUUGAUAUGCAAACCGAAAGCUUUGAAGGGUUAAACGCGCUUUUAACGACAUUUAAAACUAACCUUCAACAGUUGGAGAAAUUAGGCCAGCGGACCAGCGAUUGGAGCACUCUGUUGGCGUUCAUGCUCUCACAGAAAUUGGACACCGAAACAUACCGUCUGUGGGAAACUCACCACGCUUCUAAAAAUGUACCAACUUAUGAAGCCAUGAUUGUGUUUUUGGAAACUCAAUGUUCGAUUCUGCAAUCCACAGCCAAUCGACAUCAGAAUGAUGAACAACGAAAAUUUAGUGCAUCCGUCAGUCACAGCAUGAUUGCGUCAGAGAGAUUGUGCCCUGUUUGCAGAAAUGGACCACACCAGAUCGAGAGCUGCUCAAGAUUCGGUAGGAUGAGAGUUAUUGAUCGGAAGGAGUUAGUGCGAAGAUUGAAACUUUGCUUCAAUUGUUUGAACAACGAUCAUUUUGUCUCAGAUUGUACACGCAGAUCCUGCUCAAAAUGUGAGCAGCGUCAUCAUUAUUUAUUGCACCCGUAUUCUCCCAGUCGAAGCAGUCAGUCGUAUUUCACCAACUAUCCUCAAGACCCACGAAGACCUCAACGCGCGAACAGUGAAUCAAGAAGUGAACCCUACACGCAACACGAUCAGUCCCGAACGAACAACUACGAACAUUCGCAAAAUAGCUCCCAAUCUACACAACAGCCACCUCCCACAAACACGCCAACAGUUAGUCACCACACCGCUACUGUACUUAGUACGCAACCACACGCCCACACUGCUAUCCUGUCAACAGCCAUUGUCAUGCUAGCUGACAGCAGCGGCAACACCAUUUUAGCUCGUGCGUUGUUAGAUAAUGGUUCUCAGAUCUGCUUGAUGACUAAGGAAUUGUCCCAGAAGCUUAAGUUUGAGCGCUUCCAAGAAAACCUUCCCGUAAAAGGUGUAGGAGGGUCCACAAAUGUAUCGAAGGAGUCUGUCCUUGCUCGGAUUGUGUCAUGUUCAUCCUCUUUUACUUCUGCCGAGAGGAAAUUCUAUGUGCUGUCUCAAAUAACGAUAGAUUUGCCUCAACGAACUAUCGAUGUUAGCUCCUGGAAACUACCGCCUUCAAUCUCCCUAGCUGAUCCUGAUUUCUACAAAUCAAGCUCCGUUGAUCUUGUGAUAGGGGUGUCCACGUUCUACGAUGUAUUGCUCCCGAACCAGAUGAGGAUUGGUGAUGACGGGCCUAUCCUACAGAAUUCUCAUCUAGGGUGGAUUGUCGCAGGAGAGCUACCGGAAACAACUGUUGUGUCAUACAGCGCAAUGACACCUACAGAUUCUUCCGAUAAAACAGCAAAGGAUUUGGUUCGUGUCCAGUUUCCACAUUGGAGAACUGUCUUGUUUGUGAUCUAUCUGGUUUCGUUCUUAACGUCCUGCUUGUUCGACGAUUUUGUUAGUCCUACAAUCACCCAAGUUAAAAUGUUUCUCCAAGAGCUUUGGCGAGAAAAGCUUUCUUUGGAUGAAACAUGGAAAACCAAGCGCCAGUUGUAUCAGCUGAAGUGUAAGGGCAAGCUGACUGUUUUCCACAAGGUUCCGAUUCCCCGAUGGAUCACAUUUUACAAAGAUCUGCUAGUAUGUAGAAUCCGUGCACUUCAUGACAGCCUGAGCAACCCCAGACAAUCAGCCAUAGUUUGA